GUUUGAGGCCGACGUCUUCAAUGCCGACAGUUCGCGCUGCCGUGCUGCUCACACUCGCCCUGACGGCAGUCUAUGGAGAGUUGCUAAUAUACCGGAUGAAUGUCCAAUCCUGGCAAUCCUCUUCACACUUAAUUCGAUCUCCAACAUUCGACAUUGACGUCCCGCAGCUCGAGCAGGACUCUGUCUUCUCGCUCGGCGGGCAAUCUCCAAGUGCAUGGGCGGCGUGGGCUGCCGAGCGACAUGCGCGGAGAGCGACCGCGCUCGCCAUCGACCACUUUCGUCCAGACGCGAUUGUCAUUCUGGGCAACAUCAUGCAGUCUGGCAGCGCAUAUUCAGAUGCGCAGUUCAAAAGCGGGACGGAAACGUUGCAGAGCAUUGUUGAAAGUAACCUGCCUACCAUCACGGUGCCUGGAGAGAGCGACAUUAUUGAUCCAAGCUCGAUCGCGAAUACCUUGUACGCGUUGCAACGAUGGCAAAAGUCUUUCAACGCAUCGCUGAGCCAGCACUACUACCUGCAUCAGUAUACGCUGACAACAAUCGACUCGGUUAGCUUGCAUGGGCACCCGCACUUGGAGCAAAGUGCCGGACCGGCGGACGCCUUUCUCAUGUCUUUGCGAAAUCGACUCGCCAAAGCACCCGACUUUCACCGAGCAGGCACUGGGAACCGCGUUGGAAUGGCCGAGGCGGGUCCAGAGAUUCCGCCGUUGGUGCUAUUUUCUUACUUUCCCAUGCACGAGCUUCAUGCCGACACUCGACGCUCCAUUGUCAAUGAUCUGCAACCGCGGUACAUUUUCAGCGCCCGCGACCGCUCAACCAAGCCGUCUUCAACAAACAUCUUCCCCGCCGGAGUCACCGAGAUGCACGUGCCGUCUCUGAUGGUCGAUUUCUCCAAAUGGCUCUUUUCGGAUUUGGGGUCGGAGAGCGGGUUUGCCGUUGCCGUGCUUCAUAACCGGUGCGAACCAGACCAAGCCGACCGUCGAUCGAGCGACUUUCGCGACGCGACGCCAACACAUUGUCCCGGUCCGUGACACAGCCGGGAUUUUGGCUUCGCUGGCUUCCAUACAAGCCGAAAUCUCGCAUUCAAUAAUGAUGGGCGUGCUUGUGAUAAAAUAAACCUUAUGUUCAGAGCGA